CUACGUAGUAUUACUUCUAGGGAGGUGUAUUUUGCCCAGGUUCCUGACACUGUUGCCAUGGAGGAUAAAAAUAUGGAGAAUCCGGUUAACCUAAGCAUUUACAAGGCUACACGGAGCAUAAAACGCAAACACAACAGCCUCUACAACGCCCUGCGCUCGAUCUACGAAGACUCGAUCUUCGUCGGAGAGAUUUCGGAGCUAUGGCCCGACCUCCCCCUUCUAGCGAACCUCCGAUGCGGCCUCUGGUACUCCUCCAAGUUCCACUCCACCUGCUACUUUAAGUCCACCGAUGGCCACACCAAUAACUGGUCGUUUAAUACCUCUCGUCUCAACCUUCACGUCGCCCUGCUCGCCGGACAGAGGGGAGGAUGUAUGAUCAUUGACUCAACAAGAAAAGGGAAAAGGUUUCCAGACAGCAUGUCAAAGACAAUACCAAUUUGGUGUUGUGUAUUGAACCGUGCAGUUGCUAAUUUUAGAGGCAAAUUAUCUGGUGUUAUUGUUCCAAAUGACCAGGAGUCAAACAUAAAUUACUGCAUGUCCCAUAACCAUCACACUGAAGAUGUUAAUAAGGACUUUUUCCCUUGGGAUUGUUCUUUGCAUCUUCCUAUAUGGGUCUGCGAAACAGAAAAAAGUCUUAUUCAGGAACGACUUGCUGGAUGGACUAAGGAUCUUGAGGAUAGUGGAGCUGACAUUGCCUCAAUGUCUUCCUGCUUAAAGAAGCCAUUACGACCUUUAUGGAUAUCACAGAAAACUGUAAUUUGGUUAAAUGAAGUGCCUGAGUCUAGUUCUUGGGAUUUCACGCCCAUCAUACUCGUUUCUCCGUCCUUCUCGACAAGUGAUUUUCAACAAAGAACCACUUCAGAGUUUAGUUGGAAUUAUAUAGCCGGAGCUGGAGAUGAUGAAGAGAGCUGGGCAAGAGGAUUAACUCCAACUCUUUUCUGGAAACAUGCUUAUGAUCUCCUAAGCCUGGGGCCAAAUUUGUGCAAUCAGAAGGUUGCUGAUAUUGUGGAAAAGAACAGAGUAUACUGUGCACAAAGGGGUGAAGACGCUCCUCAGGUUUCACUAGGGUACUCUAUAAAAAAUUGUCUCAACAGUGAAUUUUUUGCACAGGAACCAUUGGGUGCAGAUAAUAUGUGCAUAUAUAGAGAUGAAAUGUCCCGAAGUGAUGAUAAUGCUAUAUCUUGGCUUGGUGCUACCAAUGUUGCAGUUGGCAAAACCCUUCAAGGUAAGUAAUUUUAUUGCUACCUUGGUUGGCAUUUUUACCAUUUUGUUUUCAACAAUUUACACAUACCUAGAAGGCUAGAACACAUGUAACAGAUUUUUAAAAAAAUCAAAAGUUUUAGAAAUUACAAACACACACGUAGUGGGUUAAGGUUCGAGUAUGGUUCACUAUAGAAAUAUGAAAAUUUCAUUUUAAUUGUGAAAGUGCCACCACAUUUCCUAUUUCUUUUCAGCAUAUUUGGCACUUUAGAGCCAUUAGUUAGAUCUUGAAUCUGGUGCACCAGAUUCAUUCACAUUUCUCAUAUGAGGACUCAUCUCGAAAUCUCAUUUUAAUUUUGUUUAAAUAGAGUUACCAAAUAAACUGUCUGCGCUUCUUUGUUAUAAAGCAGCAGCAGUCAGUCCAUGCAAUUUUGGACGCGAUUUCCACUAUAGGUCAUUCGGAAACAGUCUCUCUGUGCUUUAGUACAGGGGUAAAAUGAAAAUGAUGAAUGAUGAGAGUUACCAAAUAAAUUAAAUAUAAAAAAUCACUUCAAUCUUUUUUUAAAAAGUAAAGAAAUGAAAAUAAAAGUAAAAAAUAAAAACAGUUAAUGUAAAAAUUUAUACAGAUUUUGACCAAACAAAUAAUCCAAAAGUUCAAAAAAAUAGUUCAAGAUACAACAAAUUUAUGGAGAAAAAAAAAAUUUAAAAAUACGGUUAACGAUUUAUUAAAAAACAAACUAAAUUGUUAAAAAGUAGUUGCAAAUAGAAAAAAAUUAUAAAGAUAAAUUUAAAAAUAAUCUAAAUAAAAAGGUUGAAAACUAAUACAACAAUAACAACGUCCAAGCCUUAAUCCUAAAAGAAAUUUUCGCGGGGAUGCAACACGAGGACUUCCCGGGGGUCAUCCAUCCUACUAAAAAGUUGAGAACUAAUACAAUGUUAAGUGGUGAAUGUGAAUUGUGAUGGUGGCGGUUGCAGAUUUCAUUUCAUUACAUAAGUAACCAAACAUAGCAAUGUUACGAACUAAGGCUAUGUGCUGUAUGGCAACACAAUGCAAUGGAAUGAUGUGCAUAAUGAAAUCAUAAGUGCAAUGUUCUUUUAAAACCAGGUAGGUAAACCACCUAAGUCGGUGGGGCAAAUGCCGAGGAACAUUUGCCAGGUUUUAUUAAAAUGAUCAAAAAAUACAGAAAGAGAGGGGACCGAACCAAAACCUCUCCAGAAAAAGAAUACAGAAAUACAGAAAUGAAACUCAAGUCGAAAAGAGGGAAUGCCAAACAGGUCCAUGAAAUAGGCCCGCUUAGCCAGUAAGGGUAGGACGUCCUGGUUGGAAUAAGUGGUCAGACGGCCCGCGGAUGCAUUUGCCAAAUGAUGGGCCGCCCAGUUACCUCACACAUCGUAUGAACAAUUGCUUUCCUUUCUGAGAUCAGCUUGAACAAUUGCUUUCCUUUCUGAGAUCAGCUUGAAUUCCUGAAUGGUGUCCCUCCAUCUUUGCAAUCUGGUGUCUGAUAAACAAGCAAGAGCAAGUGAAGAGUCUGUCUUCGCCUGAAAGCCAGUAAAAACCUGCUUUAACCGUCCACAGCGUUGCAAAGAUGAUUAUUCAGCUCGGCCACUAAGGAAGAAGACGCCUCCACUGGGAAGCUAAGAGCAAAAAGCAUAUCUCCUCUGAUUUCUCAUAAUUGCUCCGCCCACAACUCUACCAGCAUACUGAACUGUGGCCUUGAAGAAUUUUCCCACUUGCUGGAUGAUCCUGAAGCCUAUUUACACCUACCAAUUGUUGGCUGUAAAUUUGAUCGGUUUUCUGUGUCAAGAAGUCUUCCUUUGGCUAUCAAUUUUGCCAAAGCUAACCUGAAGAAAGGGAAGAGACUUCUUGUAUGUUGUGUGAAUGGAGAAGAUAUAAGCAUCUGUGUCUGCUUGGGGAUAUUGUUGGCAUUAUUUGAUGACAAAGGAUGUUUUGAUGAAAGGAUAUCCAUUAACAAGAGAAAUAUCAGCAAGCUAGAAUUGAGACAAAGGUUGGUGUACAUCUGCAAAUUCGCAGUUAAUGCCCGCCCUUCCAGAGGGAAUCUGAAGCAAGUCUUCAAUUAUAUUAACAGUGGGUGCAUUGGGGUCUCUUAAUCCCCCCCCCCCCCCCCCCCCCGUAUCUGCAUCCACCACAGGUGAGAACAAUAAUGGGGAUCAAACAAAAUUGAACUACCAACUGUUUCUCUUUCAAAAAUGGUAUGGGAUUCUUUAGAAUUCUUUUAACAACCUUGACGAUCCAAGAAUGAGUGAGUAUGAAUAGAAAGGGUAUUUGUAGUACCAUGCCCACUUCUGUUCAUAUUUUAGUCUUUCUUAUUUACAAAUUCAAACUCAUUAUUUGUAGUACCAUGUUUUUGGCCUCUCAAUUGUUCCUUUUGUGUAUUUCCUUCGAAAUAUAUUUUUACAUUUAUUUUUGUAUGUCUGCUUUUGUGUA